CGAUAGUCACUUGUUAACUUCAGCACAACGCCAAAUAAAAAUUAUGAAAAGAAGAUUUGUAUUUUUAUAUUUAUAUAAAAAGACUAGAGUAUAUUAAAGAAACUAAGAGUGUCAUUUAUAUUAGGCCGCGAUAUUUGUUUAAUCCUAUCGAAAAUACCUGUCAAUAAGAUUAGUGUUGGAUAAUGGCUGUCUUGGCUAUUGACGGUCACACCAUGACACACAGUGAUCUCUCAAAAUCAUAAAAUAUUAAAUAAGUGGAAUAGUUGAAAAUAAUACAUCAAUGUCUUAUUAUUUGCUUUGGAGUAUAAAGUUUAAAAAGAUAUUUCUUUCAUAAAUGUUAAACCAAUUUUUUCAUAAAUUUUGCACACAAUUACAACACCGGAUAAGGCAGAGUGGCUCACUUAAUCGACUGCUUACUGUACUUCAUAAAGUAAACAAACAUGGCUCAAACAAGGGAAUAAUAAAAUUUAUUUGAACCGCAAGAAAUUUUUAGACAAAAUGCGCACCAGCUACAAGAAGAAUAGACCCUUCGAUUUCAAGCUGAUAGAUCUGGUGGAACCGAAUCCAGUGCUUUACAAGAGAUCUGGACUCUCGAAUUACGAUGCCAUGAAGGCAAAAACUGAUAUUUGGGCAAGGAUAGCUGAGAUGAUGGGCUGUGAUGUGGACUUCUGCUUGAUGCGUUGGAACAACCUCCACUACCAAUUUCGAAAGGAGUUUCGCCGAGCGGAUACCAGUGGUUCCACUUGGCCAUACUUGGAACGUCUUCGAUUUCUGGCCGAUAAUCAACCGCCAUCCAGGACGAAGAGCAAGGCGAAGGCAAAGGAUUCUCCUGGAAAACCGGAUGACACGAGUAAAGAAGAAACUCCCGUGCAGUUCCUUUGGGAGACCUACGAAGAUGGUGAAGAUCCGCAACAAUCCAGUACCUUCAUAAUAGAGGAGGUUAUCGAGGAGCCCAGCGAGCAGAUAAUUCAAGAGGAAAUAAUCUACGAAGACCAGGAAUCAGCGGAGAUACUCUCACCUAGAACUAGCUUCCUCCAGAUGGACAAGGUCCUUGCCGAGCUCAAGGAACCCCACCGAAAACGAGCGGAGCGAAGAAUCACAGCCUUUCUGCUCAAGUGCCAACUUCGUGCCUUGAGUAAUCAGUCCGUGGAAGACCUUAAAAUAUAA